AUGCCACCACAUAAUACGGCAGUGGUAGCUACCACUUUUGGAAUACUAUUCUUAAAGGACCACUUUUCGACAGAAGAAACAGUAUCAAAUAUGCCAGCAAGUGAUAACGAUAAUAGUAACAACAGUUAUAAUAGCAAUACUAGCAAUGGAUUUAAAUUAUCCUUGUAUAAAAAUAGCAAUAUCUAUCGAAUCGUAUUAAACAAUCCUGUUAAAUCAUCCAUCAUUCAGCUGAACAAGUGGAAUCGUAUCGAUCUAAAGUUAGUAACCGAACUGGGAUUACCUGUUAUCAUAAAUGACCAGUUAGAAUUGUCCAUAUCAAUCACUUGUAAGUUGUUACAAGGAUAUGCUACGAAAUCAACAAAAACGUGUGGUUAUGUGGAAUCUAGAGAUCUUGCAAUCGAAUGUCGACCUGUUCACAUUGACUCAUGGAACGCAGAAGGAGGCGACAAGGGGCUUGGAUAUAGCAACUAUACAGGUAGCUUCGAGUACAGAGUGGUCACUAACAACAACAACAACAAAGGAUAUGAAGAUGGUGUUUUCUUUAUUCACAUCCAAACAGAAAAUCAGUGCCUGUUACAGCAGUCACUUCCCUUAUGUUUGGGACCAUUCCAACUUCAGGAUACAAGUACUCAAGAAGAUAGCUUUUACUGGGCUGAUGAUAUAUCAGAUGAUGUCAAUACACACAGGAUACUCUCUCUUAAUGAUCACCGCUAUUUGGUAUUGAAGGAAAUGUGGGACCAUGGAACAUCAGGGAAGUUGUGGGAUUCGGCUGUAGUGAUCGGUCAAGUCAUCACCAGGCUGUUUAAGCAUAACCGCGCGUUUUUAUCAGGUUUGCGUAUAAUGGAUCUAAGUGCAGGUAUUGGAUCACUUGGCUUGCUUAUAUCACAACUAUGUCACGUCUAUGAUAUACCUCAUCCACCUACUGUUGUCUUGACAGAUAUACCCGAGGCUUUGCCUCUUAUCAAGCAUAAUCUUUCUCUCAACAGCAGCAGUACAGCUAAUAUACGUGUCAAGCCUCUUCGCUGGGGAUUGACAAAGGAUAUCAAAGCAUUAUGCAAGCAGCCAUUUGACUACAUUUUCGUGUCUGACGUAUUAUAUAACACUGAAGAUUUUUAUCCAUUAAUUACCACAUUUCGUCUACUCACUGGUACAAAAAAGACUCGUACGCGACUCUAUCUUGGAUACAAACCACGGGGGCUAAAGCAGUAUGAAGAAGCAACCUUUUUUAGUAACUCUGCAAUAUACUUUGAUAUUACACGUCUUAGUCUAGAGGAUUUUGCAAGAGAUCUACUAGAUGGUCAAGGAACGAUGGACGACUCAAUGGAUCAAAUAUUAAGUUUUACAGGUGUACAGCUGUAUAGAUUUGUGCCAAAAAGAAAUGAGUAG